AUGCCUUUCCCCAGCCUCCGACGCCGUACCGUCGACGAGCCUCUUCCGCCUCAGCAGGAGAACAGAACACCAUCACCGUACCGAGCACGUUCCACGACCAUUUCUGGCCUCAGUCCACGCAAGAGUCUGCAGUCCGUCUUAGGUUCCACUCGGAAGAAGACCUCGUUCAGCAAGCCUGACAUCCUUGAGGAAGAAUUGUACUUGCCGUCUGAUCCUGUGCAGCCGAGAGCCGGGUGGAAGCCGUUCCGAACACCCAGUCCGCACCCUGCGAAGGCGUCGUUAACCCCCUCACAGUCGAGACUGACCAAGUCCGAGCCACCGAGAACAUUGCUCGAGACUCUGGCCAAUGCAAUCCGGGCACCUGCGGCGUUGUUCUACAAAUCUAAGAGAAACAAGUCUUCCGAGGACAGCGCCCCUUUGGUUAGCGAUGAGAUCGACUUCGAGGUCAAUCUCCCGUCGCCAACCAAGACGUUGAGCUCCAAGAAAUCCGUCAGAUUUCAGUCUGGACAAUCGAUCAUUGAAGAUGAGCCCCGAGCUGUCCCCAUUGACAUUCCGAACUCCACACCAGCCCUGCCUCCGAUGCAGCUAGCGACGACUCCUCUCCUCCAAUGCUUUGUGAGAGAUCACCGAGAAAUGAUACCAAGCGGGAGGCCUCGGAGCCCAGCCGUGCUGAUUUCUGACCUGAAGUUCCGGCAAGCUAUGGCUGAGGCACAAGAGUACAUGGAGAAUAACCUUCUUGCCAUUCCUCCUCUCGGAAGUCCGUUGUCAGAAAUCGCUUCUCCUCUGGCAGCAAGUCAGCCACUGGAAAAUCCGUUCGAAGAUCCGAAGGAAGACGACUUUCUUGCCAGAAACGAAAAGAUUGAGGACGCAUCAGAAACAACUUCCGUGGGCACCGGGAUGGCGAUCACUUCUUCCAACUCGAUUGCAGAAAGUGACAAAGACGACGUUUUCCCAGGCCUAGCUGGUGAGACAAACCUUUGCGACGUGCUCCCCGUGAUGCAACGCAAAUAA